UGCAUUACGAUAACAAAAAUUUCGUCUUACGAAUCAUCACGUACAUCAUGGAAGUUGUAAGCGAUCUGCACAAAUAGGCAGAAGAGGAUUAGCUUAGUACCAGUGUAACAUUUUCUUUAAAAUGGUUUACAUAUCAAGAAAUGGUACUGUGCGGGAAUCCCAACCUUGGGGUGUUGAUCGCAUCAAAGGCCUCAUUAUGGGGUUUUUCAACUUCAUUCUGAUGUUUUUCCGAACAAUGCUCGACUUCAAUCUUGGUGCUGGAUCGGAAGGCCGUGACGGCCAUCGAGGUGGUGGUUCCGGCGGUGGCGGCCCUCCUGGACCACCGAGACGCCCAAUUGGGCGCCCAAUGACGCUGUCAGACUGCACCAUUCCAGGUGGUGGAUGAGCGCGGUAAAGUGUCAAAGGUUGAAGUAACGUUCGCCUUUGGCACCGUAGUUUUCAGCACGCAACCGUGGUGCCCGUAGGUUCGACCUACGUAUGACGGGCAAGUUCUCAACCUGUGCUACCAAAAGGCGGAUUUGUCUCGAAGAGGGUUCCACGGUUUCGUCGAAGAUGCAUGUUUCUUCCAUUGCGGACAAGCAUCUCUUCCGUUCUUUUUCAGUAAAAAUUUCUUUCGAUUUCGUUUUCUAAACCUGUUUAUUGUAACUACGAGCUGAUCGGUUUAUCAAGAAUUAAAUCUUUUCAUUAACUAGAACAACAGCAAAACUGUGGUCGGCCAGGUGUGUAGUUCUUUCUAUGAAAUUAUAUAGUGCGUAGUGAUACAAAUAACAGCAAUGCAAACAAAAAAGCAGUUACUCGUUAAUUUUCGAUGUUAUAGAAAUUUUGUGAGGUUUUAAUCGCCCUAAACCAAAAUCGAGGUCAACUUUACAGGGCACGAUCUUGAAUGAAAAUUUCAGCUAAAACGAUAGACCUUAUCUAUGGGAGCGGCGAACGGUCAUGUGUAAGGGUAGUCGAGCUUCCGAACAUAAUACCACUAAUCCUCUUCUGGAGAUUUUCUUCUUGCACUAUUCCAUUCGGAUUCACCGUUACAACUGUGUCAUACGUCGGAUUUCUGUGUCAUACGUAGGAUUCGUUAGAAUGUUAGAAUCUCAUUCGAAUGGGAAAUGUAUGCUUUAAUUUUUUAUAUCUCCCAGAGGGUUGGGUUUUGUGGAGGUGAGGGUUGUUGCCAAUCGCUAAUUGUAAUGCUCGGAAACAUCAAUCUGCCAAAGCAGUAAUUUUCUCCGUCGCUUACCGACUGGGGUGGUAGUUGGUUCCAAAGAGGAUUUAAAUAUAUGUGUGCUCUAUCAGAAAGUUCCAGAAAUAAGAAAUUGGCAUUUCAGAAUAGC